AUGGAUUCACAUACAAAAAGUAAGGAUUCGGCAGUGUGCCAUGAAAUCUGUCAAAGUCACAAAAAUAAGGUCAUCAAGUUUUUCUGCACUAACCAUGAAUUUCUCGGAUGUAAAGAUUGUAUAGCCCUGAAUCACAGAAAAUGUCAAAUUGACCACAUAGAAGAUAAAUGUGCAGGUAUUGGGGACAGUGAGGAGUACAAAACCACACUCAUUGAACUGGAACAAAAGAUAAAAGCUGUGGAUGCUGUAAUCAAAAAGGCAACACUACAAGAUAAGGAGGUGGAUUCUACCUAUGAUCAUGUCAUAAAAGAAAUUGUUAAGUUCCGCAAGGAGAUAAAUGACCGCUUAGAUCAACUCCAAAAGCAAAUUCUGGCAGAUGCUGAGAAAAAGAAGCCCGAAGACAAAGAAACAGUCAAGAAAGUGCUUGAAAGAUGUACAGAUCUUUCUUCAGAUAUCAAGAACUUCAAGUCCAAACUACAAGAAAACAAAACUUCACAGCAAGAUGGACAACUUUACAUCAUGAUCAAACAAGCAAAAUCCAAACUGAACAUGGAUGAUUUAAAGAACGCUGAAGAAUGUUUGGAACAGACCGACACUCUUUGCACAUUUGAAAGAAACAAAGAAUUAGAAAACAUCUUAACCACACAUAAUGCAUUUGGGAUGUUGAAACCAUUCGCUACUCCGAUGACUCCAGGAAAGAAGAGUGUAUCUGUGAAGUUGACGGACAAAGGAGAAAUAAAUAUAAAGACACAGUCUGACCGUAAUGGAUGCCAGAUCACAGACUGUGCAGAAUUGUCUUCUACCAAACUUUUACUUGCUGAUUACAAUAACUGUAAAUUGAAAGUUGUCGACACACAAAUAAAAGCUGUGGUAGAAGAGAAGGCACUUAACUCAGCCCCAUGGUGCAUUGCUGUACUGCCAGAGGACAAGAUUGCAGUGACAGUGCCGGACAAGAAAAAGAUAUUGGUCAUGGCGAUAGCUGGCAAAUUUUCAAUCAUUCGUAGAAUUCCAGUUAAAGGAGACUGUAGAGGUAUAACUUAUCGCCAAGAUCAUCUUUAUGUACUUUGCUUGGGUUCUAAGUGUGUGUUAACAGUAGAUACACAUGGUAAAGUCAAAAACAUAAUUUCCUUAAAGAAUGAGAUAUUUGUCAACCCAUACUACGUGCUGCUAAGUGAAGAUGCAAGAUAUUUCUACAUCAGUAACCAAGGUAGCGAGAGUGUAGUCGUUGUAACAUUACAGGGUGACAUAUCAGCAGUAUACAAGCACAAGGAUCUUAGUGCACCACUUGGAAUGAUGAUGUUAGACGAUGGAUCAUUGCUGGUGUGCUGUUAUUGUAACAACACCAUACAUCAUACCUCAGGAGACUUGAAUGAAGGACAGACAAUCUUAGAUUCUGGAUUACAGAACCCAUGGGCUAUAUACUACAAUCAUCAAGACCAGGAGGUUUAUAUCGGUGGGUACUGUAAUCAGCUGAAGAUAAGAAAAGUAGCAUCAACGGUGUAA